AUGGCGGCGCAAAUCGACAUCCCGAUCCAAUCCGGUGGUGGAAUUCGUGACGAAGAGGAUCUUCAGCGGCUGUUCGAUGCGGGGGUUGGACGCGCCGUGAUCGGAUCGCUGGCGGUCAAGCAACCGGAACUCGUUUCCGAGUGGUUAAGUCGCCAUGGUGGUGACAGAAUUUGCCUGGCAAUGGAUGUAAAACGAUCCGACAGUGGUCAGUUCAUGCUAGCCACAACAGGCUGGACCGAUACAUCCAACAAAGAUUUAUGGUCUGGACUCGAUGCUUACGCCGGCAGCGCGUUGAGACACGUGCUUUGUACCGACAUUUCCCGCGAUGGCACAUUGGUAGGGCCCAAUCAAGACUUGUAUCGGGAGUGUGUCAAACGCUUGCCACAGCUAGAGAUUCAGGCCUCGGGUGGGGUCAAAGAUCUGGCUGACGUAACGGAGCUGACGGCCACGGGUGUGUCGAGCGUCAUCAUCGGGAAGGCCAUUCUGGAUGCGCUGGAACGACCAGGAUUGAUCAACGAACUGGUUGCUGAGUUCGGCUCGCAGUGUGUUGUGGUCGGUAUUGACAGCAUCGAAGCGGAUGCCGGUUACCAAGUGAAGCAGUACACCGGUGACCCCGACAAAAUGAUCGACUCUCAGCGCCAGACAAUGGGCUGGGUAACUGAGGUUCAAGAGCGCGGGGCAGGUGAGGUCGUGCUCAAUUGCAUGAAUCAAGACGGCAUGCGCAAUGGCUAUGAUGUCGCCCAGCUAGCACUGGUUAGGGCCCAAUGUUCGGUGCCGCUGAUCGCGUCAGGUGGGGCUGGUGAGCGAGAGCACUUCAAGCAAGUUUUUGAGCUCGCAGAUGUGGAUGGGGCGCUAGCCGCCACUGUGUUUCAUAGCGGUAAGAUCUCUAUCCCGGAGCUCAAGCAAUGGUUGGCUGAAGAUGGAGUUAGGGUACGACAAUGA